UCCUCAUUGACUGAUCUCUCUCUCUCUCUCGUUCUCUCCGUUUUACAGCCUAAAAUGCCCCAGCUGGUGACCUCUGACAUGUAAAUGGCGUCCAAAGUGAGAGAUGCUGUGGUCUGGUACCAGAAGAAGAUUGGCGCUUAUGACCAACAGAUAUGGGAGAAGUCUGUUGAACAAAGAGAAAUCAAGUUUAUUAGACUGGGCCUGAGGAACAAGCCGAAGAAGACAGGCCAUGUCUCCUCAUUGAUAGAGGUUGAUGUAGUGGGGUGUUCUGCUUUUGCCAAGGCCAAGCCUGAGUCUCCCUGGACGUCUCUGACCAGGAAGGGUCUUGUCAGGGUGGUGUUGUUCCCCUUCUUCUUCAGAUGGUGGAUCCAGGUCACCUCCAGAGCCAUCUUCCUCCUCCUCCUCCUCCUCUACCUGCUUCAAGUGGCUGCUGCAGCGUUAUUCUUCACCAUUCCCCAGCCCCACAGUAUCCCGACCACAGAGGUGUUUGGGGCGAUAUGGCUGAUGCUGUUACUGGGGACAGUGCACUGCCAGAUCGUCUCCACACGCACCCCCAAACCCACCAGCAGCAGCAGCUCUGGCAAGAGAAGAAGGCGUCUAAGGAAGGCCGCUCACUUGGAUGUACAUAGGGAAGGAGAUGGCUCUAGCACCACUGAUAACACCCGGGAGGGCGGCCCACACUGCCACGGUGCCGCCACCGGCUCACCGUACAGCCUGUGCAUCGCUCUCUUCAGAGAUUUCUGGCAUGAUCUCUGUAAAGCGCGGUCGAAGAAGUCCAAGCUGUCCAUAGACAAGUCCACAGAGACAGAUAAUGGCUAUGUGUCUCUGGAUGGGAGGAUAACCUGUAAGAGUAGUGAGGAGGGGCUACAGCUCCAUGAUGGAGGGUCUCACCACUGUGACCUGCGCCUGCUACUGCCCCCCGUCACCAAGGAGACCCAGAGCCGUGGUGUGGGUGUGGAGAACAUGUCUGAUGAGGCGUCUAGUGAGGAGGAUCCUGAAGCGUCCUACACCGCCAUCCGUAGGGGCGUAGAGCGCGUCAGCAGCGACUGCACGCUGCGCAACAGGAAACCACAUCACUACAAGAAACACUACACCAUCAACACUGAGGUGGGUGACCUCCACACUACCCAGGAGACUCCUAAGUCCGGUACCAGCUGUAGUUCUCGGUGCUCCAGCCUGCGGACCCAGGACUCAGAGAGCACCAGACACGAGUCCGAGACAGAGGACCUGCUGUGGGAGGACUUCCUGCACUGUGCUGAGUGUCGCUCCUCGUGCACCAGCGAGACAGAGGGCGAGGGAGCUGCAGUCUGUCCUGCUACCAAGAAGGAGUACAGAGAUGACCCCUUUCACCAGGGUCAUACGUGGCUACACAGCACCAACCCAGGUCUGGAGCGGGUCAGUGCCAUCGUCUGGGAGGGGAACGACUGUAAGAAGGCUGACAUGUCUGUCCUGGAGAUCAGCGGUAUGAUCAUGAACAGGGUCAACCUGUACACCCCAGGUAUUGGCUACCAGGUCUUUGGUAACCUGGUGUCAGUGACUCUGGGCCUGACGCCCUUCGCCUAUAGGCUGUCUCAGUACAAGGACCUGGAACAGCUGACGCAGCUCUCAGCCUAUGAGCUCAUCUCUGUGGCGUUCGGCUCCUCCUCCGACGUCAUGGUGAUCACCAUGGUAACGCUCAGCUUCAUGGUGCGCGUCUGUCUCAUCUGGCUCUUCUUCUUCCUGCUCAGCGUGGCCGAGAGGACAUACAAACAGAGGCUGCUAUUCGCCAAGCUGUUUGGUCACCUGACGUCGGCACGGCGAGCCAGGAAGUCGGAGGUGCCUCACUUCCGUCUGAAGAAAGUCCAGAACAUUAAGAUGUGGCUCUCUCUGCGCUCAUAUCUCAAGAGAAGGGGUCCUCAGCGGUCGGUGGAUGUGAUCGUGUCCUCUGCCUUCCUCCUCACCCUCUCCGUAGUCUUCAUCUGCUGUGCUCAGUUGCUCCAUAUCCACCACACCUUCCUGGAGUGUCACUAUAACUGGGAGCUGGUGAUCUGGUGUUCCUCUCUGUCUCUCUUCCUGCUCCGCUUUGUUACCCUGGGCUCAGAGACCAGCAAGAAGUACAGCAACACCUCCAUCUUACUGACAGAACAGAUUAAUCUGUACCUGAAGAUGGAGAAGAAACCAAACAAGAAGGAGGAUUUGACAUUAGUCAACAACGUACUGAAGCUGGCCACCAAGCUGUUGAAGGAGUUGGAUGCUCCAUUCAGGCUGUAUGGUCUGACGAUGAACCCUCUGCUCUACAACAUCACCCAGGUGGUCAUCCUGUCUGCUGUGUCCGGGGUCAUCAGUGACCUACUGGGCUUCAACCUGAAGCUCUGGAAGAUCAAAUCAUGACAGUAAGCUGAUCAGGUCACAGCUGGCUCUGGAAGAUGUGAUACAUUCUCUCACCACACGGGGGCGCUGUUGUCCUUUCGCUCACGGACUGACUGGGCUUCCCUGUAUCUAUGGUCUGACGGACAAACAGCCCCAUUCUCAGAGUACAUAACGGAGUGCUUACAUUUCACGUGUGCAAUUCAAGAUAUAUUUAUUUUACCCUUUCAGUAUUUUUUAUUUUUGUUGUUGUUGAAAAAGUUACAAAAUGUUAUUUUAAGCUAUACAGGUUUUGUGUUCUCAGAGGGACUGGAUCAAAACACAGCAAGAUGAUAAUUCAGUUAAAAAGGUAAAAGAGUUCCAUCCCUUCAGACUAGUAAGGACAAUGUGCAUUAUAAUGCAGCUGUUUAGUUUGUUGACUGUGACACACAAACGCAGUCAUUUCACUGUGAGAACUGCAACGAGUAGUAGUUUCUGAUCAUAGACGGACUGUAAUGAUAAUAAUGAUGUGUUUUACAGCCUACAUACACACACACACCGGUUGUACUUUAUGGUCAAUUCAAUGUAGAGGCUUUUUUUGUUGUUGCUUUUGACGACAACAACAGUACACCAAAGUUCAGAAUAGAUGAACAAUGUUUCUGUGUGUUUGGCGUUUCUAAUGAUAAGCUAAGUGACGGCUGUAGUGGAGAGAGAGAUGCAGGAUAAAACACAACACAUCACUCAAAUGAUUGGUGAGGAAAUAGGUGAGGUACUGUACUGGCUAGAUGGGAGGUACUGUACUGUACUGGCUAGAUGGGAGGUACUGUACUGUACUGGCUAGAUGGGAGGUACUGUAUUGGCUAGAAUAUGUACUCUACUGGCUAGAUGGUAGGUACUGUAUUGGCUGGAUGGGAUGUACUGUACUGGCUAGAAGGGAGGUACUGUACUGGCUAGAAGAAAGGUACUGUACUGGCUAGAUGGGAGGUACUGUACUGGCUAGAUGGGAGGUACUGUAUUGGCUAGAAUAUGUACUCUACUGGCUAGAUGGUAGGUACUGUAUUGGCUGGAUGGGAUGUACUGUACUGGCUAGAAGGGAGGUACUGUACUGUACUGGCUAGAUGGGAGGUACUGUAUUGGCUAGAAUAUGUACUCUACUGGCUAGAUGGUAGGUACUGUAUUGGCUGGAUGGGAUGUACUGUACUGGCUAGAAGGGAGGUACUGUACUGGCUAGAAGAAAGGUACUGUACUGGCUGGAUGGGAUGUACUGUACUGGCUAGAUGGGAGGUACUGUACUGGCUAGAUGGGAAGUACUGUACUGGGUGGA